UCACCUCCCACAAUCGUCAUCUUCAAAUGUUGCCACGAACGCAAGGAGUCAAGAUGUCCAACUUUAAUUUCCUUUUCUGCUCGUUUAUUUUUCUACAAAUGUGGUCGUUUCUUGUCGUGGCGGCUGAAGACGACUCGAGCAGUGAAGUUAAGAUUGAAGUUGUGUUCAAGCCGAUGGAAUGCAGUAAGAAAAGUAAAAGGGGAGAUUUGAUGAACGUUCAUUAUGAUGGCUAUCUUGCCAAAGACGGCACCCAGUUCUACUGCAGCCGAUCAGACAAAGCUGGCCACCCCCAGUGGUUUGUGCUGGGCGUCGGGCAGGUCAUCAAAGGCCUAGAUCAAGGGAUGAAUGAUAUGUGUCCUGGAGAAAAACGCAAAAUUACCGUCCCACCAUCCCUUGGAUUUGGAAAAGAAGGCAAAGACCCGGUGGUCCCACCCAAUGCCACGCUGGUGUUUGAGGUGGAGCUGUACUCCGUCUCCAAAGGUCCACGCAACAUGGAGGCCUUCCGGGAAAUAGACCUGGACCAGGACAAAAGCCUGACCAAAGAAGAGGUGAAACGUUACUUGAAGCUGGAUUACGAGAGAAGCGGGACCCCUAAAGACGACGCCUUCUACGAUAAAAUCAUGGAAGACAUUUUCAAGAAGAACGAUCUCGACGUUAACGGACUGAUAACGUCGAAGGAGUACAACGUCUACCAGCACGACGAGCUCUAGGGUUGAUUGUGACAGAAUUUGUAUUUGUGUUUUUUGACUUACUGUAGUUAGUUAAAAACCCAAUAGGGUAUAAAUCGUCUAAAUGGCCAUGUUGUUAUCCCUACCACAACUAACGACACAAGCAUCUAACCCACUAUCCUCCUGGCACACUCUUUCAAAACUUUAUUUAAACAGUUGCACCAUACGCUAUGUGAGAAAUCCACACACUUCACAUGCAUUGGUUUCUUGUAAGGAAACACCACUCAAUUAGUAAUGAAAUACGUGAUGAAAUCGCGAUUAAAUAUUAUCCAACAGCCUGUAUUCUAAAACACAUGUGUUUUAAAGAAAGAAGUACACUGUAUAACAGUGUACUUCUUUCUUUC